CGCAUGACACCGACAGGUGACAGUUCAGUGUGGUGUCACUCAAACAUUUUGAACUUUGAUUUGUAAUAAUUUGUUGUUAUUUUUAUCUAUAUAAGCCCCACAACUUCAUUACUUGCAGUUCUUAAGUGCAAUAACUCGACUCUUUCCACAAAAUGAUGAACACUGGUAAAUUAGCUGGACGCACAGUUUUCAUAACUGGGGCCAGUCGAGGCAUAGGCAAGGCCAUAGCCCUCAAAGUAGCCAAAGACGGUGCCAACGUCGUAGUGGCGGCCAAAACGGCCGACCCCCACCCCAAACUCGCCGGAACCAUUUACACGACUUGCGAAGAAGUUGAAGCUGCCGGGGGCAAAGGCCUGCCGUGCAUCGUCGACGUCAGAGACGAGCAGCAAGUCCGGAAGGCCGUUCAGGAAGCUGUCCAAAAAUUCGGGGGGAUUGACAUUGUUGUGAAUAAUGCCUCUGCGAUUUCUCUCACGCCGACGCCGGCGACUGAUAUGAAAAGAUACGAUUUGAUGCACAAUAUCAACACCAGGGGCACGUUUCUAGUGUCGAAAGAAUGUUACCCAUAUUUGCAAAAAAGCUCGCACGCCCAUAUUUUGAACCUGUCGCCGCCGCUGAGCAUGAAACCCGUAUGGUUCAAGGACCAUGUGGCGUACACUAUGGCGAAAUAUGGCAUGUCCAUGUGUGUGUUAGGGAUGCAUGAGGAAUUCCGGGCGGAUAACAUUGGAGUGAACGCCUUAUGGCCAAAAACAGGUAUCUACACGGCUGCGAUGGAAAUGCUCACGGGUUCCGAGUCCGCCAAGUACAAUCGCAAACCAGAAAUAAUGGCCGACGCAGCCUACGCCAUCUUAACUUCAGACCCCAAAACCACCACAGGGAACUUUUUUAUUGAUGAGCAGGUCCUGAAAAAUCAGGGCGUUACAGAUUUGGACCAAUAUUGCUGUGACCCCGCUUACAAGGACCAACUAAUGCCGGACUUCUUUGUUGACGAGAAUAUGUCUGAACUGUCUGAUAGCCGCCCCAGCGAUAGACCAAGUUUGGCCACUCCAAAAGUACAAGGCGACGGCAAAAUCGUCCAAGUAUUCAAAGCCAUCGAAAAGAACUUGUCUCCAGACACUGUUCAAAAAACUCAGGCGGUCUUCCAGUUCGUCGUUACAGGAGAGGAAGCUGGGAAAUGGUACGUCGAUUUGAAGAACGGGAAUGGCGCGUGUGGUCGGGGAGACGCCCCUUCACCCCCAGACGCCACACUGACUAUGGAUACUAAAAACUUCUUCAGUAUGUUCAGCGGAAACUUGAAGCCGGCGUCCGCUUUCAUGACCGGGAAGCUCAAAAUCAGCGGAAACAUGCAGAAAGCGAUGAAAUUGGACAAGUUGAUGUCGUCGCUGAAAUCGAAGCUCUAAAAUAAGGGAUAAUCGUUAUAUUUUUUACAAUCAAUGAAAAUUAAAAAUUUAUUUUAUGA